AUGACACGUCGUGUCCUCAUUGUGGCGCUCGUGGCGCUCGUGUCGUGUGCCGUGACGGCCCAUAGCUCAGUUGCUUUCGACCUGAUCGCGGACCACGAGCACAAGUCGAUGGAGGAGCUCAAGAGCGAUGAUACGGUCGUGCGCUGUCGCAUGUGCGGCGCUCCUGUCGCCUACAAGAGCAACUAUAUUGAUCUCCAUGACACGUCCAAAGCGGUGGCCAGUCGCCCCGAAGCUGUGCUGGGCGACGGCGUCCAGCUCUAUACAUUUGUGGACCCGAGUCGAGCGCAGUACGAGCUGGCAGGCUUUAAAGACGUGCUUGGAACGGAAGGUGACCUUUUGUCGAAAAAGGCGACGGUCUUUGACGACUACAGUUGGCGCGAGCUGCGCUGCAGUAGUUGCAAGCGCCAUAUUGGGUGGGCGUUCUACCAUGACGAGCUGCAAGAGUGCGCCAAUACGCAACUGGUGGACUAUGUCACGCUUGGCGUGCCAGAAGUGAAUACGGCAGCCGAGAGAGAGCAGAAGAUGGAAACUGUGAGGAAGGAGCUGGAAGGUCACUGUUUGCUGACUACUACUGGAUGGUGGACGUACGAGGUCUGCUACGCACACGAGGUCCAUCAGUUUCAUGAAGAACCGGACGGGUCGCGUUCCAGUGACUGGAGCAUGGGUGCGUUCGUGCCAGAAACAGGAGCGACCGAUACGGAGUAUACUGGCACGGACGUUACGCAGUUCUUUGCAGGAGGGCAGCACUGUGACGAGAAUGGCGAGCUGCGCAGCACGCGAGUGGUGUACACGUGCUGUAAGUCCCGCCCGGAGCACACCAUGGUGGAGGCAGUGGAAGAACCUGCCUUGUGCAUGUACCUCAUCCGUGUGUGCGUUCCGAGCUUGUGUGACAGCAAGUGGGAUAAAGAGGAGGGAGCCAUUGGUGGUGAAAAGCAGACUGUUGAAUCAUGCAAGGCAGCUGUUGAGGCGAAACACGCAGAGGCCGAGCUGCCGUCGUCGUUUACUGCCUUGCGCUGGUCUUCAGUCAUCUCGGAAGAUAGCGGCGAGCUUGACUGGGCUCGACGCAUGCAGAUAGUGGAUUGA